AUGCCGUAUUCCGACAACGAUCUUGCAGCUGCUCUUGAGUUUACCAGGCCAAAGAGGCCAAAACUGACCCCAGAUGGCUUACCCUACCAUUACCUGGAGGACUAUAUUAAAUACGACCUUCGCUACAGAGACCCAUUGAAAUGCCCUUCCACUUGGGUUGAUGAUGAUCCCAGCGGGGACUUUGAAUUAUACGAUGAUAGCCGCUCUAGAAAGUCCCGGCGCCCAUCAAAGCGCAAACCUAGUGGACCUCCCACUACAUCGGAACUGCCAAUAAAGAAGGUGAAAACCAGUAACGAUAUCACUCCUAACCAACCGCCAGCUAUCGAGCAUCCAUCUAUUGUCAAUUUGAAAUUUAAAUCGCAGACAUCGAAAUGUUUUCUUGCACUCCUUGGGAAAACAGAAGGUAAUUCUGUGUCCUCGUCUGCAAACAUUGACGCUGGACCUAGUAAGCAAACUGCGUGGAAAACACCUCCCAAAGCAGGGAGCAUGUCCCCACCCGCUGGUAGAAGUUCUGUGGACGAAGAUAGCAGCGUAACGGUGGCUAGCCAGGGCAGCCAGGAGACAUUGACCGAGAAGGAGUUAAGAAGUCAUGAACCCCUUAGUUCACAGGAUGCCUACACAUCCGUUAAACUCCAGGGACAAGAGGCUCAAUAUUCCCAGCAUAAAUUCGUCGCAUCAUUUAGCAAAAUGGUAGAGGAUGCCAUCCUACAGUCGAACAUACGCACCAGCAUCGAGCCAAGACCGGAACAACACGAUUCACGGGAAAUUCACACACCACUCCUGUCCUUAGAAAAUUCCGCCCUGUCGCAGAAGGCAACCCCGUCUAUAGAAGAAAUAUUGUUGCGGGAACUUUCUAAGACAUCCGCUGAAACUGAUCUACCCGUUGUAUUAGAGGAGGCAGCGUCUUGUAUGCCGAAAUCUCCAAAGAAGAAAACCCCAGCUAGAUGCACCACAACAUCUACAAACCUUCCAUCAGCAAGCCCCCCACAGACAUCAGAUUACUGCAGCAUCAUCCCCAACGUAUUAUCCGUUAAGCGUCGCAAACAUCGUACCGCAGGCCCAAUAACCAAAAGGAUCCGCACCUCCUUCGCGCACCCAAUAGCCUUCACACACACCCCUAGCCCCGAUGAUCCCAGACCGUGCCACUGGUGCCAGGAUUUCACCUACGGGAUGCUAGGCCUGGGCCAACUACAGGUGGACGUUCUCGACCGCCGCGACGGCAAGGGUUAUGCAGAACUCAGCACCGGCCACGCCUCCUCAGGCUAUGAGCCGAGUCGCAUGUGUUCCAAAUGCGCGCUGUAUCGUGUCGCAAUCCUCGAAUGCAACACCACCUACCCUGCAACUCAUUCCGUAGUGCCCAUACCGGGCAUGGACGAAUCGAGCUUCGACGUGACGACGGCGUUUUAA